AUGGCCGAUAAAACCAAGCCCGAGAGCGAAUGGCGCGCCAUCCUCAAUCCUGAGCAGUUUAGAAUCCUAAGGCAGAAGGGCACGGAGCCUCCCGGCACGGGCAAGUACGAUAGUCAUUACCAGGAGGGCGCCUACGAGUGCGCUGGAUGCGGGACACCCCUGUACAAGAGCGCGACCAAAUUCAAGAGUGGUUGUGGAUGGCCGGCCUUCUUUGACGCUAUCCCCGGUGCAGUGAACAGGCACGAAGACCGAUCUAUGGGCAUAACCCGCACAGAGAUCACUUGUGCGGCUUGUGGAGGCCAUCUCGGCCAUGUCUUCAAGGGAGAAGGCUUCCCCACACCAACGGACGAGAGACACUGUGUCAACUCCAUCUCGCUGAAGUUCACCGAGCCUUGA